GUCGGUGGAGUUCAGCCAUCAGAGCGUUCAAGGCUCUGAGAGCAGGAGGAGGAGCGAACGGAUUAAAGACACAAAGUGAGGAUGAGGAGGAUUAAACAGGAGGUGAAGAACAACCAGAGAAGAUAAAGAAAAACAAAUGAGAGGAGCAGCAGGAGGUUGAGUUUUUUUUAUCAGUUUAUCAAGAUUCUACCUGAAGACCUUCAGAGAGAAAUACAGGUCUGAGGGGAGCGGUGCUUCUGUCUUAAUUUCACCUCCAGCCUUCAAAUGUCGAACCUCACCGGAUCAUCAUGAGAACCUGUCCUAGCUAGAUGAGGACGAGCCUAACUGGAGGAGAGAAAAUGAGGAAGCUAAUGAACUUUCUGUCUGACUGACUCUGCUGCACACCAUGUCCCCCCCCUGCUGGCCCCCCCACAUCUUCAUCCUCCUCAUCAUCUCACUGCCUCUCUGUUCCUCUCAACUCAGCAGUUCAUUCGACACCUGCAGCUCUGGACCGGGAUGGCAGUUCUUCCCUUGUCUGCCCCCUCCCACCAACAUGAAGGAGUUUAUGCAGAUCAGAGUGGACCCCCCUGGGAUCACCUGUGGAAACCCACCUGAGAGGUUCUGCACAUUGGAGAACCCGUACUUGUGCAGUGAUGAAUGUGACGCAUCCAGCCCUGACCUCUCUCACCCUCCUCAGCUAAUGGGAGACAGGGAGAGGGGUGGGCUCAUCACCUACUGGCAAACAAUCACCUGGUCCAGGUAUCCUGAGCCCCUAUUGGCUAACAUUACUCUGUCAUGGAACAAGAGUCUGGAGGUGGUUGAUGACAUCAUCAUUACCUUUGAAUAUGGGAGACCAACCAGCAUGGUGUUGGAAAAAUCCAUGGACAAAGGUGCAACAUGGCAGCCGUAUCAGUACUAUGCUGACGACUGCCUCGAGGCCUUCGGCAUGUCACCUAAACAAGUUUCUGAUUUAGCACCAACUAACUUGACCCGUGUUAUCUGCACUGAGAAGUACUCCCGCUGGGUUGGGGCCAAGGAGGAGAAGAACGUGGUGUUUGAGGUCCGUGCUCGGUUUGGUGUGUUUGCUGGUCCAAAGCUUAUCAACAUGGAUGCCCUUUACAUCCGGAUGGAGACGAUGAAAGGUCUCAGAGACUUCUUUACCUUCUCCAACCUUCGUCUUCGGCUCCUCCGUCCUGCUCUUGGAGGAACCUAUGUCCAGAGAGAAAACCUAUUGAAGUACUUCUAUGCCAUUUCUAACAUUGACGUACCUGCCAGGUGUAAAUGUAACCUGCACGCAUCUAAGUGUGUGUUGAGGGAUGCAACACUGCAGUGCGAAUGCGAGCACAACACAGGGGGACAGGACUGCCAGCGGUGUCGAGGAGGCUUCAGAUCCCGUAGCUGGAGACCAGGAUCAUUCCUGCCCCUGCCCAGAGGCACUGCUAACACCUGUGAAGCCGCAGGAAACAGAGUCACGGCUGGUGACUCUAACUCAGAAGCAUCUGAUGGACGCUCUGCCGCAUCAGAUGGAGUAACUGACACUACUACCACUACUACUACAACUAAUACUGCUACGACUACCACCAGUGCUACUCCUUACAUCGACAGUUCUACCACUUCUACAGUCACUGACAGCAGUACAGAGACUGACAUAAAUACUGCUGUUUGGACAUUACCCAUACUGACUGACGAUACCUUUACUGACAGUCAAAGACUUUCUGAAAGUACCACUUUUAGCCCCUCUACCACCACAGAUGGAAUUUUGUCAAUGUUUUAUUAUUCACUGACAACUUAUACAAGCAAAAUAAGUGCUCUUACACUACCAGGUGCAGCCAGAGGUUCUAUUGCCACCAACCCACAGAGUAUCACUGCUGUAGGUUCAAGUACUACCACUAAUAGUUUUACUACUACUGAUACUUCCAUAUUUGGUAGGACUAGCAGCACCUCAAUGUCUGACAUGAGCAGUACAACAUACUACACCAGUACUACAAAUUCUGAUAUGACCACAGAUGUUAUCACAUCUGAAAAGAGUACUGUAGCUUUUACUGCUGUGAGUAGUACUCUUAGUACUGGUAGCACUGGUGAAUGGUUUGACUCAAGCAGAACAACAAGACCUUCAGCAGAUAUUCCUUCUUCAGUCGACACAGCUCAAGAUGAAGUUACCAACACUUCCAGUACCACCAUUAACAGCCUCAGUAUACCCAACUUCGCCUUUUCUGAGACUGAUAAUACUGACUUGGUGACCAGUGUCAUCCCACCUUCUGUUGGUGUAGUGUCAUCAACCAGGGCCCAAAAUCCAGCUACCAGUCAAGAAAUCACUCCGCCCAGUGAAAAGGUGUCUUCAGUGUCUUCUCUGUCAACUUGGUCUACUCAAGCCACUCAGGAAGAAGAUGCUCCACCUACAGCCGGAGCUGACACAACUUCUGUUUCUCCAGAUAUUCUAGUCAAUUUAUUGCUACCUCCAGAUGGUCAAUUAGAUGUAAAAACUCUUCCUGAUAAAGCAAAACCCAUUUUAAGAACUCCUAGUAUGCUUCCUCCUGUUGUACCUUCUAAAGAAACUCCCCUUUAUGUACCUUCAACAAUGUUCCCAACUUAUCUUCCUCCUUCAGAUGUUCCACCAGGUGGCCUUUCAUCUGAAACUCAAGCAACCUUAACUGAUUUACCCUUUUCUGAAUUACCUCUGCCAAAAGAACCUUCUCCUGAAGCACCUCCAUUACAAAUACUUCCUGAAGUGUCAUCCUCUAAAGCUUCUGACAGUUCAAUGGCUGUACCGUUUCCUGAUUUGCCUUCUCCUGAUACACCUUCUGCUGACAUGCUUGCAUCAGAUGUGCCGUCUCUGGAAGUGUCUCCUUCGGGUCUUCCAGAACUACCUCCCCCAGAAGUAGUAUCCUCUAGAACUCCUGGCACUUUGAUAGAGAUACCUUCUUCUGAUGCACCUCCUCCCACGCUAAGUCCACCUGGUGCUCCCCCUUUAGCUCCUGAUGCUAAUAUAGAGCCAUUGCCUUCCUCUGGGAGAGAUUUGGAAUUGAACCAAGUUUUUAAAAACUUGAAUCAAUCCAAACCCAGUACUAACCUAGAUGGAGAUGAAUCUGGACAAACUCCAACUUCUAGUUCUGAACAAGUCUCUGUUGGUGGUCCUGAAACUCAGCAAGAAGGAAAGACUUCUGAUGUGGAAUCAACUCAACCAUCUGGAGAGUCUGAAAAAAAGGAGUCAAUGGAAGAAAGAACAGAUGGAACAGUGGAGAAAGUCAUGAUUCCCAAAGAGGAAACAAAGAGGAAAAGCAAAUCGGAGGAGAAAGACCUGGGGAGGAAAGCAACCCAGAAGAUUCUGAUUCCAGGGGGACCGAGGUCCACUCAGCUGUCUAAAAUCAUGUACGUCAACUUCCAGGACUGCGAGUGCAAUGGCCACUCCAACCGCUGCAGCUACAUCGACUUCAUCAACGUGGUCACCUGUGUGAGCUGCAAACACAACACGCGAGGACAGACCUGCCAGUACUGCCGCCUCGGCUACUACAGGAACACCUCGCUGCCGCUGGACGACGACAACACCUGUGUCGAGUGCGACUGUGACCCAGACGGCAGUGCGUCUCCUCACUGCUCGGAUUCUGGCCUCUGUCGGUGUAAACCUGGAGCCACAGGGAGGCGCUGUGAUUCCUGCCUGUCUGGCUUCACCUGGCGAGGAGGAGGAGCGGGAUGCACAGAGAAUGUGUGUGACACGGAGCGCCUGAUCUGUCAGAACGGAGGCACCUGCCUUGAUUUCCAGCGCUGCGUCUGUCCAGAAAACUCCACAGGUCAGUUGUGCGAGCAGAAUGUCUGUAAGAAGAAGAGCGGCUGCAUCACAAAUGCUGAGGCCUCCUCCUCUUCUGUGACCUCACAGCUUUACCUGGUGACCUUCACCUUGACCACCUACACCUUGAGCUGACCACACCUCAUCACAAAACGCACCAACAAUGACUUCACAGUCUGAGGAGGUCCAGGUAAACUUAUCAGCAGAACCUUCAGCGGAUCAACAAGUUAAACGGCGACAAUCAGAACUGGUUCUCACAUGCAAAAGAGGACCAACAACCUAUUACUCCCAGGGGGCGGAGUCAUGCUGGCGAUGACAGCUUUGGAGAAGAGGAACAGUCCGACCCCUGUUUAACGACGGCUGGUUUCUCUUCACACAAACGGCUCCUUUACUCUUUCCAAGCAUCGUUCCUCCAGGAUGAGGGACGCUGGCCUGCUGAUGAGUCUCGGCCUGAUGAUGUUGCUCCUCUGGACCAUCCUGGCCAGCAGCUGCUUUGAUCCUCGAUGUAGAACUGGUCACUAACAGCAGACACAUUGGUCUGUUGGUCCCGGGGGGCGGACCUUCUUUGCCCUGAUGUGUUCUGGGUUUUCAAUUCAAUUCAAUUCAAUUUUAUUUAUAUAGCACCAA